UGAAGGGUUCACACGGUUAGGGGUUCGGUCUGUGUCCACCGCGGGUGCUUGGCGUGCCUGUGUCCCCGUCAUUGCGCCUGCCUUUCUGCCUGUCUGCCUGUGUGCCCGCUUGCCCGCUUGCCCGCUUGCGCACAUCUGGCCGUUUGUCCGCUUUCCCGCUUGCCCUCUUGCGCAGGUGUGCCCGUUUGCCGCUUGCGCGUGCGUGCGGUGCAUGAACGAUCGCCAGACAGUACCGCGCUCGUGGCUGACUCAACUUGCAAAAAAGCUAGCCUUCACAUCCUCCUUCAUCUCUGCAGAACGGCUGGCUAUGGUUACGCGUCAACUUUCUGCCAGCGAUGAUAGUGACGAUGGAGUAGAGGAGGAGGGGAAGGGAGGAGCGAGCGUCAGUGUAUCUGUCGUGCCCUCGUGGACUGAACUCGUACCCGGCUACAAGCAUGGAAGCAGGGGUGAGCAAGCUGCUGGUGCGGGGAAGAACGAUGAGGAUGACAGCGAUGACGAUGGCGUUGGCAUCGGUAGUGUCGAUGUCGCUGGCAAGGGUCUGCAGGCAGAGAAAGUGGCUGCUGUGACCAAUUCUAGCUUUCCGGAUGUCGACAACCUGGAUGCUUCCAUACGCUAUCUAAAUCAGAUGCUUGUGGUGUAUGGUUUCCCAUCGCCGUUAGAUUUGACUCCCACUCCUGCGGACAACGCAGCUGUUGCAAAGACGUGCAACUGCUUGUAUGCGCUCCUCCAGCAGCGUCAGCGCGAUAUAGGGUUCAGAGACUCGAUGAAUGAGCAGCGGCAACGGCUGAUGUCGGCAACGUCUCGGCUGGAGGCGAAAGUGGAACGCCUGGAGACGCAACUGUCUAGCAAAGACCGGGAAUUGACAACGAUGACGCUGGAAAAGCAGAAGAUGGCUGCGGCUCACAGAGUCCAGGUAGAGAAGCUGCAAGCGGAGCGGGACGAGUUCCAGCGCAUGUCUAUUGGCAUGCAGCAGCUGAGGGUGCAGCAGGCGCACGAGAUAAGAAAGAAGGAGAAAGAGUACACGAAGCUGCAGGAGCGACUCAAUCAAGUCGUCAUGGAGAAGAAGAAGGAGAGUAAGGCCGGUAUGGAUAUAGUCAACAUGCUGCAGAAGGAAGGAAGGCAAAGGGGGACCUGGAGUGGGAAGAAAGCGGACAGCGAUUUCUACAAGAUGAUUGUGGAUUCGUACGAAGCCAAGAAACAAGAAUUGCUUGUGGAGAACGCUGAUCUACGAGCAUCGCUACGCUCGCUGCAGGCCGACAUGCGCGAGCUCUUGAACAGCCAAGGACAUGUGAAAGGCGAGGCAAAUCACAUGGGCGCGGGGGUGAUGAUGACACCCUGCGAAACGCCUUUGAGGGGGCGCACAGAUAUCUUUGAUCUGCCUUACCAUCUCACGCGGGACGAGAUAGAGAAUAGCAUGCGUGCCAAGAUCGCAUCCAUUAGAGAGAGAAUGGAGCACCUGCAGUCUGCGCAGUCGAUGGCGGCGGAGAGGGAGACAGCAACGCAGCGGGAACUCGAUCUCGAGGCCCAGCUCCUCGAGGCUAGAUCUCUCAUUCAGGAGCAAGAGUCCAUUAUAGAGAUGUCCAUCUCGAUAGGCGACACCCCAGGACAUUCAGAACGGAUGAAUAUGGAGCUUCAGCAGGAAGCUGCCUUGUCUGCAAUGGAAGAGGAUCGAGCGCUCCUGGAGGAGCGGAAGCGGCAGCUCGAGUCGGAGAGAGCCGCAUAUGAGAGUAUGGCGUUGCAGCUCGAUGAGGAGAGGCGGAAACUUGGCAGAGAGAGGCGGAAGUUGGAAGAAGAGCAGAGGGCUUGGCAGACGUCCCUGCAGCUUUGGGGUGACGCUAAUGUGCCCUCUCUGCAGGAGGACGGCCAUCACCAUAUCUUAGGCGCUUCAGAUGUGGAUAUCUCCCAUUCGAAGCUGAAACAGAAUGGGGCGGACAGACUCUCGCAGGAGGAAAAGUUCCGACUGCCGAUUCCACCUCUAGGAGACACCGUUUAGUGGGUUAACAAACAAACAAGCCUCUGUACGGAAAAGGGGGCACCAUCGUGUUCAAUAGUGUUCUGACAGAAGAGAGAACCUCCGGUGUGCACGUGUCGGGGUGCAAAGCUCCAACCCAAUGGAGCGCUGAGUCUUGCAGAAUGAAUGAUAAUUUUGACAGGAGAUUGCACCGCAGCUAGGGGAUGAUGCGCCAGGCUCCACAGUGUCAUGACACACACAGCUUUCUGGAGAAGCGCGGUGAGCGGUCUGGCGGAAGAGCGAAUCUGCCUGUCUCUAAUCGGUGCAGUUCUGUGGCUGGAGAAGGUCGACUGGCAUUUUGCUGCGAUGUGCCCUCUGCAAGCUCCUGAAUUUGAUUCUUCGUAGCCACGCAGGUGAGGCGAGGAUGCUAUUUUUAGGCUGAGGGUCUGUCGAAAGGAAGCCUGCCUAAAGAGCAGUCGUGAAGCUGCCACAGUGCAGUUAAACCACCAGUACUUCGUAGCCCCUUUUCCCCCAGGCCGAUUUCCGCCGCACAUAUCUUUCUUUUGGCUUGCGCUGCCAGCGGUCUCGAUUCUGUAGGCCAUGCCCUGAAAGUUGUGGCACAUGUAUGGCUGCGCUUGAACAAUUUGCCUCUGAAAUGUACUGUUGGUUUAAACCGCUAGUGCUUCUCCCCAGACUUGUGGAGACUUGUUCGUUGCAUACUCAGAAAAAGUCGGAGCCGGCGCGCCGUCGAUAAAAUGGGUGGGGUCUCCCUUCCUUUCUUCACACCAGCCUAAGGCUUGUUGGCAGAGAAAAUAGUGAAUGGCUGGUUCUUGUACUGUGAAGACGUGCCCUCAACGAACUGCAGAAUUUGGUUUGCGGUGGCCGUGGCGGCGGAAUGGUGAUGAUGUGGACGGAGGCGGAGAGUGGGCAACCAUGAAGGAGCCGUGCACGCAUGGGCGUGCGCCCACAUGUGUGGAUGUUUGUGUGGCUCGGCGACACAUGGAAGACUUCUAUGAAGAUGGGCUCCAGUAACUUCAGUGGGAGGGAGGAGGGCAUUCAUGUAAAAAGUGUGUACAUCUAACGCCAGUGUCAAAGAUUUGCAAGCUUUCUUUGUGCCAAGGAAGACGUGCAAAUUCAGUGGGUUGUUUGUUGUUGCUAAGUGGCUGGAGCGUCCGGUUGCUCCUAUCGCUUUUUGAAGAAGGAGCAGCAGCAUGGUUGGGCAGUGGGAUGCUGCACUGCAAGCGGCAGAAGAACGUUCCAAAGUUUUGUAGCAAUUUAUUUGUACUACGGUGUAGUUGUUUUGCCUC